AUGGCUAAAUUUGUGAUCCAUCCAGCCAUGGCCAGCAACUGCAGUGACAUCCUGCGGUUAAUCAAGGAGCUGGCUAAAUAUGAAUAUAUGGAAGACCAAGUAAUAUUAACUGGAAAAGAUUUGCUAGAGGAUGGUUUCGGAGAGCACCCAUUCUACCACUGCCUGGUUGUUGAAGUACCCAAGGAGCAGCGGACAGCAGAAGGACACACCACUGUUGGUUUUGCCAUGUACUAUUUUACCUAUGACCCUUGGAUUGGCAAGUUACUAUAUCUUGAAGACUUCUUUGUGAUGAGUGAUUAUAGAAGUUCUGGUAUAGGAUCAGAAAUUCUGAAAAAUCUAAGCCAGGUUGCAAUCAAGUGCUGCUGUAGCAGCAUGCACUUCUUGGUAGCAGAAUGGAAUGAACCAUGUACCAGCUUCUAUAAGAGAAGAGGUGCUUUUGAUCUGUCCACUGAAGAAGGAUGGAGGGUCUUCAAGAUCGACAAGGAAUAUUUGAUCAAAAUGAGAGCAGAGGAGUGA